CACAGACAGCUGGGCCUGCGGCAGGAGCGCCGAUGGGAGGAAUAUAGACGAGCCUUUUCCUCCAUGUUAUCAACACGGAGAGGUAAUCCUGAAAAAUGGAGGGAGGAAAUUUCGGCUACUCCCGAGACUAUCUGGACCGCUUCAUCCAAAGCCAAGACUCAUCUGUGGUGAACAAGUUCCAGCAGAAGUACUGGAAAACCAAACAGACGCUCAUCAAGGUCACCGGGAAGAAAGAGGACGAACAUGUGGUGGCGUCAGAUGCGGAUCUGGAUGGCAAGCUGGAGGUCUUCCACUCUAUCCAGAGAACAUGCAUGGAGCUGCUGAAGGUCAUCGAGCAGUACCAGAGGAGGAUCUGCCUUCUUUCCCAAGAGGAGAACGAGCUGGGCCGUUUCCUGCGCUCACAGGGCUCGCAGGAUAAAACCAGGGCUGGAAAGAUCAUGCAGGCCACAGGGAAAGCACUCUGCUUCUCCUCCCAACAGAGGCUGGCUCUGAGGGCCCCUCUGUGCCGUUUGUACCAGGAGGUGGAAACGUUUCGCUAUCGAGCGAUCUCGGACACGUGGCUGACGGUGAACCGAAUGGAGCAGUCCAGGACUGAAUACCGUGGAGCGUUGCUUUGGAUGAAGGAUGUGUCUCAGGAGCUGGAUCCAGACACACAUAAACAGAUGGAGAAAUUCCGCAAGGUUCAAGCCCAGGUGCGCACAACCAAAACAAGCUUUGACAAACUGAAGAAUGAUGUCUGCCAGAAAGUGGACCUGCUGGGAGCCAGUCGCUGCAACCUCCUCUCUCAUGUUUUAACAACAUACCAGACGACACUUUUGCACUUCUGGGAGAAGACGUCCCACACAAUGGCAGCCAUUCAUGAGAGCUUCAAGGGCUGUCAGCAUUAUGAGUUCUCCACGCUGAAGACUUUACAAGACCCCAUGGACAAGCUGGCUAAGAAGAAGGGGAAGAAGAAAAUAAAGGCAGAGGACGGAAAGAAAGCAGAGACCACAGACGACCAACUCAUCUCAUUAGUAAAUGAGAACACCAGCAAUGAGACCAGAAAAGGGAAUGAAGAUCCGGUCUCUGCCUGUCCGGAGUUAGAGGGAGAGGAGAAGGACAGCAUGGCCUUACUGAAUGAGAUCCUGGGCGGCAUGUCUGUGGACGAGGGCGACUUCUCUCGAGAGUGGACGGAAGUGUUCGGAGAGGCCGAGGACACGAGCGCAGCAUCAGGUAGACCAGCGGAGGCCCAACAAAAGGAAAACUCCUUCUUUCUGCCGUCUCAGCUGCUGGACCAGAGCUUGAAUAAUCUACAGUCUUCCCUCUCAGAUUGGGCCGGGAUCGUUCCACAGCCCGUCGCCCAGGCAACAGAGCACUCAUCUGGAGCCAAUCAGAACCCUUCUAAGCCAGCAGUGAAAGAGACAGCAGGGACGUCCAAAGACCUCUCAGCAUGGUUCAACCUGUUUGCUGACUUGGACCCCCUCUCCAAUCCCGAUACGGUCGGCAAAACCGGCACAGAGCACGAACUUCACAACGCAUAGUUCUUCCUCAGCGUCAUGGUGAUCUGAAAUGGGCGCCUUUGUUAGUGGGUACAGCAGAAUACAGCUGCCACCGCGACCAGAGACGAAUCUGAUCAGCCACUCGGUGGAAAUCAACUUGAGAUAGAGCUGAAAAUUAUUAUUCAAUGAUUUCCAAUUGUAGAAAAAGUACUGACACAGUGUAAAAAUACACUGUCAGAAGUCCUGCGUUCAAAUUUUUACUUAAGUAAAAGUACAACAAUAUAAGCAUCAAAAUAAACUUAUAGUAGCAAAGUACUCAGAAUGGCCCUUUUCAGUAUUGGAUUAGAAUUACUGAUGCAUUAAUGUUGCAGCAGGUAAAGGUGGAGCUAAUUUUAAUUGAUUUAUAUACUGCUAAGACGUUCGUCAAUGCCCCACCCCCUCUGGGGAUCAAUAAAGUUUUAGCUUAAUCUAUAAUAUUACAUCAUAAUUUACUUGUUGAUUAUAUUUUGUACAAUAAUCUGAAUCUGCAAAUAACUAAUUAAUUAAAUAACUAAAAAAAAAAGUUAUCGAUUGAAUAUAGUGGAGUAAAAAGUACAAUAUUUGCCUCUGAACUGUAGUGGAGUAUUCAGUGGCAGAAAAGGGAAAUACUAGUAAGAAGUACUUGAGUAAAUGUACUGAGUUAAUAUCACCACUGGUUAUUAUACUGGUCAUUCACUGCUCAUUUUCAAGCCAAAAUGCCAAAUAUUUGCAGGUUCCAACUAUAAUAUGUACUUUUCUUUAUCAGAUGCGGGAGUAAACUGAACAUCUCUGGGAAAAUCAAGCAUAUUCAAUACGUCAUAUAAUGGACAUGUUAAUCAAUAAUGAAAGCAGUCAAUAGUUGCAGCUCUGCUUGGAUCUAUUUCUUGUUAGAACAAUAUAUAAAAGGUCAUGUAUUAUAAUGACUGUACUAUGAUUAGACAUGUUUCUAAAGAUAUUGUGAAUUGUCGUACAAGAAGAAAGUUAAGUUAAACAAAAAAGGCUGGUACAACAACAUUUAAUGCAAUCAAAGCAUCUUAUUAUUAGAAUAAUAGUCAUUUUGCUGUUAUUGCAAUAAACAGAUCUAAUUUUUUGUCUCAUGGUGGCAGUGUUAGCGCUGCUGUAAGUGUCCCACUAACAACUACAGCUCUCGUCCUUUCCAUUGUGAAAGAAAUGAAACAUUUACAGGAAGACCUUAUUAAGCCUGUUGGCUUUUCCACUGGGUUAAACGUUUAAUGUUUAGCAUGGAUACCUCAGUAUGAGUUUGGAACAAGAAGCCUUCGACAUUAGCUGCCUUGGAAAUCUGUGGUCUCUAGUAGCACUCAUGCUUUAUUUCUGAUCCUCAUUACUGAAGAUUUCAAACAGGCAAAAAAACUGCAUUGUGAGAUAAAACUGUGGAAAGAAAGCAAACACGACAAAGAUCACAGUGCAAUAGUCCAUGUGUUUACAAAAUAAUGCAACAUGGGUGAGUGAAGUGAAUGCAGUCACAGAGAAAUAUUCAAAAACUGAUCAGUUCAACACUCCAAGCCGGUUAACUGAUCAGAAUUAUUGGCAUAAGGGUGAAGUUUCUUUCUUCAAACAGCAACGAGGUUUCCUCCUUAACAUUUAUGUUUUAUUUGUUGGCUUCAUGCUGUAUUUGUGAUCCCCUUUUGAACAUAUUCCAAAACUGAAAACACACAUAUCGCGUAUUUAAUUAUUGCAUGUUGCAUGCCUUGUUUUCUGCCAUCAUGUAAAAGUGUGAUCGAAUGAACAAUAAGUUUCUAUUAAUGUGAGAUUUUUCAUCAAUGUUCUUUAUCGUUUCACACAGAUUUAGCUCAGUUCUUGGCUUUUUUGGGUAAUAAAACGCAGUUUUCAGUGUAUUGUUUUCAGAACCAAACUAAAUGGGAAGUUUGAUAAUCAUGAAAAUAGUGAUGAUUUUGAUUUUGACUACAAUGCUGCAUAAAUUGAAUCAGAGUAAAUGCCUUAAUCUAAUCAUAAGUCAGUAAUAUAGAACCUCAUCAUAAUUAUUAUUGGGUAUAUUACAAGUGAUAGUGGAUUUAUUUUGUUGUACUUAGCCUUGUGUCAUUUUUGAUGUUCAAGCCAUGUGACAUUUGUUAAUAUUUAAUCAUAACCAAAUACAUUGAUUGCCUUACCUUGACUCCUAUUUGUAUAUAAACGCCAUGCUUCUAAAAAAUGAUGUUAUUAGUUGAUGUGUCCGCCUUGGAAAAGAUUACAUACCAAUCCAAAAAUGAGAUUUUUUGUUUUCUUUAUUGAAAAACACACAAGAUCUACAUAAAAAUGCGUAAUACAUAGGAGAACUGAAUCAUCAUUGCCAAACAUGGCAACUAUUUCAUAACUGCACUGCACAAUGAGCUAGUGAAUAAAAUCAGAAUAAGAAUGAUUGAAACUCUUGGAGCUGCAAGCAGAAGAGAGUAUCUCAACUUAAUUUGUGUGGAAUGUGUUGCAUAUUGUUCAUAUUUGUGUUUCUGUGUGCAAGUGGCUUGAUUGACCAACGUUUUGGAAUGACAUUUACUAGCUUACUAAAUCAGUCAUGUUUUCUUUUUCUUUAUGUGCUGUUGAAACAACUUGUGCAGGCAAUGUUAGGGCACAUCUGGUUGGAUACUGAGCCAAACUGUUUUACACAAAAAAUGUUAGUGUAGCUUUACUUCAAACAAAAAUCAA